UUACACCGCCCGGGCAACCCUUCGGUCUCGUGUUCCAUCUCGCUCUUGCUUCCUGUACCGUAGUCAAGUGGAGCCACUUUGCAUCAUGUCCCGGUAUAGCUACCAAAGUCUCCUGGACUGGCUCUAUGGGGGUGUCGACCCCAGUUUUGCAGGCAAUGGGGGCCCCGACUGUGCUGCCUUCCUGUCUUGGCAGCAGCGGCUGCUGGAAAGUGUGGUGGUCCUGACCCUGGCCCUGUUGGAGAUCCUGGUGGCCCUUCGGCACAUCCUGAGGCAGACGGAGGACGGUAGGGGUGGCCGUGGCAGCCAGCCACAGCAGGACCAGCGGCCAGAUGAAGGCAAGGAGAGCCUGUGAGCAAGAAUCUGCUCUUAGUUAGCCCUGUGCCUGAUCUUCGGGGUGGAGGUGGGCUUUAAGUUCGCCACCAAGACCGUCAUCUACCUGCUCAACCCUUGUCACCUGGUCACCAUGAUGCAUAUCUUCCUCCUGGCCUGCCCUCCAUGUCCGGGAGCUAUCGUCGUCUUCAAGUUACAGAUGCACAUGCUGAAUGGAGCUCUUCUGGCAUUGCUGUUUCCUGUGGUAAAUACGCGGCUGCUCCCAUUUGAACUGGAGAUUUACUACAUUCAGCAUGUUAUGCUCUACGUGGUCCCCAUCUACCUGAUUUGGAAAGGAGGUGCUUACACCCCAGAGCCCCUCAGCAGUUUCCGGUGGGCUCUUCUCUCCACGGGCCUCAUGUUCUUUUACCACUUCAGCAUCCUGCAGAUCCUCGGCCUGGUCACCGAAGUGAAUUUGAACAACAUGCUGUGUCCGGCCAUCUCAGACCCAUUCUACGGCCCCUGGUAUCGCAUCUGGGCCUCGGGACACCAGACUCUCAUGACCAUGACCCACGGGAAGCUGGUCAUCCUGUUCUCAUACAUGGCUGGGCCCUUGUGUAAAUAUCUGCUGGAUUUGCUCCGGCUUCCAGCCAAGAAAAUAGACUGAAGGUGCUUGGGGUUUUGUUUUGUUUUAUUUUGUUUGUUUUUUGUUUUUGUUUUUUUGUUUUGUUUUGUUUUGUUUCUCCCCAAGGAAUCAAGUCCUGACUUGACUCAGAGAACAUCCAGUUCUUGACAGACUCAUUGGCGAGGGCGAUAGGAUGCUUGGUGAAUUUCUUUUUUUCCUCCUCUCUGUCCCUUUCUUCCACGACUCUUUCCUCCUCAGCUCCUCCCCACGAAUGGCUCUUUGUGCCUGGGAUAGUGCUGGGGGCUGGAACUUCCUUCCUUUCAUCCCCUGGCCUCUGGGUCCCUACUGUGUGCCCUGGUCCUUGUGCUUGGCCUUACCCAGGGAAAUGGUAGUCAGUGCCCUUCACACUGUUUGUCGGUGCUUUUAACAACAGCUAGUUGAAAAAGCGGGGAGCAGCAAGCGGUAGUUCCCCCAGCACCCCAGCGAUGAAACAGUGUUCGGUUCACUUCUCCACUGCCAGGGACCUCCAGGCUCAUGCUGGGGUCCCCUUUUACCUCCAGCAUAGCCCCGACCAGAAGGGGACCAAGGCCUUGUUUCUAUACCAGCUGCAAGCCCAGAGCCGAGGGACUUCCCAGAUCACAGCCAAAAUAGAUUCUUCCAGUGACGGGUGUCCCGUGAUGUAAAGCAGGGAGCCGCCCAGCCACUCCUUCUAGGGUGCUGCCUGGGGUGGAAGGUGACAGCAGUGUGCAGGCCGAGGACAAGAUUCCACAGAGGGCUGCCGGAGGUCUGUCGCCACAGCGAGUCUGAAGUCAAGAGGGUGAAGGUGUACAUAGUACCAGGCAGGAUACUCCCCGGCUCCCGUCCCCCCAAAAAACCUUCCCUGUGAAAUCUGAGAGCCGAUCCACACUCCAAUACAAAGUGAGCAUAGAAAUUAAGAAGCCAGCUAAGUCGAGAGGCAACUUGAGAAAGCUGUGAUCUGAAGCCUAGUCUGUGUCAUGUGGCUAAUUAGGCAACACUCUAGUCUCAGCUGCCCCCAACCAUCCUCAUCGUCUCUGUACGUGUCUCUCUGUUUCUCUUUGUCUGAGGCCGCUUCAUGGAAGAGGGAGCUGGGGGCGGGGCUUGGGUGCUGUUUGGCUGUUUUGUAUUUUGGAUGUUUGAAAUGUGGGAACCCUUGCAUUUCGGGAAGGUACUCUAGAGCCAUUCCUGGUACUUCGAGGACAUGUCCACAGCUCCCCAAUGCAGUUUCUUUACGGCUUGAUUUCUUUCAUGUAGCUAGACUCUGCUUAAGUGUUCAGUGUGGGGAAACAUCCUGGUUUGGCAGCUUGACGGCGUCCAGAGCUCAUGUGUAGGUUGAAAGGGAACCAAUGGAUCAGGUCCCCAUUGGUUGCGGUUCAAGUGUUCUGAAGGAAGGAACUUCGGUCGAAAGAAAGGUAUUUAGUCAUGUAUGGACCACAAAGGACACCAGUGUCUGGACAUUGCUGACUCCUUGUCAGCUUCUAGUAGGAGGAGAUUUGCUUAAGAAUAGAGAAAGAAGUUUGUGUCAUAACCACCCUAUGUCCCUGUUCUGGUUGCAGUAUUCAAUGUGAGUUAGGUGUUAGGCCUAACUUUUUUUUGUGGGUGUUAGGCCUAACCUGAGCUUCAGUGACUCAGUGGUCAUGAAACGGACUUGCCGAGGAAGCAGCGGUAGGAAAGUCUCCCAGAGCCAAUGGAAACUAAGGGAAGCAUCUCUGGGAGGGAUUGCUUGAACAUGAGUUGAUUGGCUCUGAGGUACGGAGAACCAGAAAAGGAGAACUCCUAGUGCGCUUGCUUCUCUUGAGCUCCUGCCAUGCCUCGUCCUCCUCUCGCCCUCUUGCUGGUCUCUAGAAGUGCUUCUUCUGUUGCUGUUUUCCCCAUCCCCUCAGAGAAGUCUUGGGUGAAUAGAAUGUGUGAAUAGAAUGGGCCUCUCUAUAGAAGAGCAUGGAAAGAAGUCAUAAAUGAAGCUCAAUUAAUAAAAACCCAGAGACAGAAACUGGGGUUCAGCCUGAGGAUCAGAAAAGCAAAGCAGCCAACCACUGGCUCUUACCUCAGUCCAGGAUCUCAGAAUGAGACUGUAUCUGAUAGCUGCUUCCUCCUGUCUUUGUAUUCCUCUCUGGUACUGGGAUUAAAGGUGUGGGUUACCACUGCCUGGUCUGUAAGGCUGAGCAGUGGGGCUCUUUUACUCUCUGAUCUUCAGGGAAGCUUUAUUUAUUGAAAUACAAAUGAAAUGUCACUACACAUGAGGCCUACCAUGGCCCUUGCCACAACAUAUAACUGCUGCCUGCGGUGAUGUAGGGCCUCAGCUGAGGGAGCCAACUCCAGAACGCCACAGAGGUGGGAGUUCCGUACAUGCUUCUUCCCCGUCUGAGGCACCGUGGCCCAGAUUGCCAGGCAUCUUGGGCUUUCCCUGCAUUGGCAUGCCUCCAGUAGCUUGCCUCUGCUUUGGCAGCAGCUCAACAAACCCAUUUCUGGUAGGCAUUUUCUGGCGCUCAGGGAGAGAAGAAAUUCAAAGCCAUGCUGCCUGGCUUGGCCAGGCCAGAGUCAGACACACCUGUCAAGAAAGAGGAAGUAAAGCGGAGAUGCUGGACCCUAGGUUGGCUCAUAGGUAAAAAAAAUUAAAAGAAACAGUGUGUGGCUCUUUCAACAGAUUCCACAGGGAGUAUUGGGUUAGGUUUGAAAUGUUGGGGUACAGGGGACCCUCUUCAUUGCUUCUCACUCUUACUUUGGUCCAGACCUACAUGAAAAGAGGUAACCUACCGAGGCUCUACUCUGUGUUGUGGAAGUUGCCCCCAGGUAUGUCCAACAGCCUUCCUGACAGUAGAGACUGUUACCAAAGACAAAGGAGAAGACAGUUGGGACUGACUCUACAGCGCCUCCUCAAGCCUUUCUUGUCCCUGUGAAGGCUGUUCCCUAGUUACCUUGGCCAGAGUUCUGUAUAUUGCCUACCAUACAGUAGCUCCUUGCCUGUGUGAGAGUUCUCAUAGAGGUGGCCCGAUUCUUUGAGAUCGUCCUAGCAAGAGGGCCUAGUGCACCCUCAAGCCCUCAGCAUCCAUGGUCAAGGGGCUGUGCCACCAAGAACAAUUGGCUAAGCCAGAAAAUUUGUGGCAGCCACUCUGAGUAAGAGAGGAUGUCUUUCCCACUUAAAGCUUCUUCCCGCCCCCAGUAUUUAGUUUUACAUAUCUAAGACUUGGCUCAACAUCCUCCCAGAAGCCUAGCAGCAAGCACUUCUGACCUCCUGUGGUACACUGUGGGGAUCAGGAGCCACCACCUCCACCUCUCCAAGUCUGUCUUCUGUCUUCCUGUGG